AUUUAAGAAAAAUGGCCGACUCACCUAACGUCAAAACUUCUUGGGCGAGUGUCUUUAAAAACGUGUGAUUUUUUAUCCAAAACGACGACGAAAAGUGCUCAUUCAGUGUCUGUGAAGUGAUUUGUGUUUGUGUUUUCUUGUACUUUCAUCCUUUCAACAUAUAUAUUACACCCUGGAGCGCAGAAAGCAACAACUGUACAUACAAUUCUGAUGCACAAUGUGAGGGUGGUGGCAUGUGGGGCGCGCAGGCGGGGUGGGUGUGCGGAGCGCUGGCGGCCGCGCUGCUGGCCCUGCUCGCGCUCUGCCGCCGCGCCGCCAAGAGAGCACCCGCGUCCGUCCACCAACCGCAAGUCACCCAGGUGCACAUAGUGUGUGGUGGACCGGCGCGCGUAACUCGCGUGGGCUCUCCGCCGCAGCCCCACCGUGUCUGCGCCUCCUUCGCCGUCGCGCCCGCGCCCGACCCCCCUGCCGACCCUAAGAGCCCCGUACCACAACCCUCACACAUCCUCAUCGUUCAGAACUACACGCAGAACACUAUCCCACAACCUGACACCCCCCAGCCAUCCAGCUCCCAAGCAUCUCGACAACCCCCUUUAGAGUAUCGUGGAAUACCGAAGUUACUUCUUCCCGAACAGUGGAUGCAUAAAAGACCAUUUGACUACAAAUAUUCAGCCAUCCCGAGACCUUUAGCUCAAAUAGUUAACUCCGAUUUAGGAGUUGAUCUGCAGAGAGAGUCUCGUGCGAAAAAAUACAGUGCCACCAGGUCGCCUUCUUUAGAAAAGGACGAAAAAUCACCCUUUGUUACAAGUGCAAAGGUUGUAGAUUCUGAGGUGUUCGGAUUCGACGCGGAAUCUGUGAGGAAAUUGAGCGGAGACAGUGAAAAAACAAAUGAGAUGGGUGAACGGGCCCCCUCGUCUCCGCAAGAGAGCGAAAAGGAAAUGUCGCCAAGUAAUUUAAGAAGAUUUCGAUCCGUUAGCACGAGACUUAACAUGUGCAGCGUAAGUGAAGGACCGCACACGGAAUCACAGCAGGAAUGUUUAGAAAUGCAAAACUCACCACGCAUCGUUGAAUGUAGUUCGGCAAAAGAAAAAUCAUCCGGAUCUAAAUUUGAUUUCUCCCCAAAAAUUUUAGCAGACUGCAUAAGUUCACCGCGUUUUUUCACACCCCCUGAAAUGGUCUCGCCUAUGUUUUUUGCGGAGCCAUCACCUAAAUCAGUCUACUAUGACACUAUUCGGUCCCCAAAGUUCUUUCCCGAAACUCCUAGGGAGGCGGAAGUUCCACAGUCGCCGAGAGGUUUAUGCGAUCAUCGAAUCAGAACGAACGGUUUAACCGAAAAACCUAGCUCUCCUAGGGUCCUAAGUGCUCGACCUAGCCCUAAGAUUCUUAGUUGUAACAAGGAAAAUUACUUCACAUUUGAGCAUUUAAAUGCUACUGAAGAAAGUGCAGCGCGAGUGUCUCCGAGACCGAGGAGAUAUGGAGGAAGAAAUUCCAUUGAAAGAGAAAGAUUCACUCCUCCUGCUGAUAAAGAAGUUAAAAAAUAUAGAAGGCACAAUAGUUGCGAUACUAAUUACAAGAGCGUUGAACUAAAUAUAUCGAAGUGCGAUGAUAUCAAAGAGACUGAGGUUGGUACAAAAAUAGAAGUGAUAGAAAAAGACGUAGUUGAUUGUUGUGCCAAAAUAGAUUCUCUUCAAGUAGACACAAUGGUCGAAGACGAGAAAAAGGAAUUGACACCGAUUCCUAACUCUGCGCAAGCCAGACGACAAAGGUUAAAAUCCAUAUCUCUUGAUUCUGAUAAUGCGAAAAUAAUCGAACAAAAUCUAGGUUUACCAAUUGCUAAACAAAUGAAGGACCAAAUGAAUGAGGCAUACAAAAACCAAGAAAUAAGUACGUCAUGUGAAAGUAUGGAGCGCAGCACGAAUCGAGUCUCUUCAUCCAGUGAACGACCUGUAUUUAAGUUUGAUGCAGAACAAAAAGAAAAAACUGAACCAGAGCUUAAAUCGCCAGACUUAAAACAAAAGAAAUGCUUGCGACAAAGUUCUGAUACCCAGUCCUUUAUAGAUAUGCCUCGAUUUUCACCCAAAGAAUUUGAAAUAACUGUAACAUCUGAAGAAGGUGCAACGACAGCUGCCGAAACUCAUACGAAACGAAAGGGUAAGAAUUUACGAAACUUAACAAUAGACCUGUCCAAACGUGAUAGUGAUUUAGAAAAAGAACUAUUGGAAUUCGAAAAACUAUACACAGAUGCUGAAGAAAAGAAAGUUAAAACGCCAACAUUAAAAGUCAAAGCAACGUCUUUGGAUUCUUCAGAAACUGUCAAUCUAUCUUUACCACAGAAAAAGUGUUUAGAUGUUCCCCAAAACUCUAUAUCGGUGCCGAAUACACCUAAACGUCAGUUUAAACGAAUCCUAGCUCAAAAGAGCACCAAACAUGACUUGACUGGUGGAAAAUUGGGUCACAAUAUGGUCCAAACAGCUGAUCAGCGUAGGCUGUUCAUGAAAGGACAAGAUAGCGGUAUAUAUUUGAGAGAGAACCACGCAUCUCUAAUGUUAUACCAGCCAGGAACCUCCAGAAUGGGGUCAAGAACAAUGGGAUCUUUUGACGAAAAUAUGUCUGAUACCGGUCCAGAAAUAAAUAUUUCUGGCGUUGAAAGUCGACCGUUUCAUGUGGAAACCGUGCAGACUCUUGGUUCUAAUCUUCUAAAUUAUAAACAAAAUUUAAGUGUAUCUAGUACGAAUUUAAAGACUCUGCCUGAAGGCGUCCCUUCUGAUGAUUUCGAACCGAGCGCGGAAGACGAGAAAUUAGUUAAGAAAUUACACAGACGGAAUUCAAAUCAAAGCUUAAUGUUAAGUACGCAUAGUCUUCAGGGCUCGAAUUGUUCUUUAAGCAGCGCUGGCGCGUCCUGUCAUAAUUUAAGUACUGUUAGAACAAGUAUAUCGAAUUUUAGUUUAAACUCUGAUAGCAGACAGAAAAAGUUAUCCCUAGAAAGGAGGGAUUCGAACACGUCUAUUAAUCCAAAUGAUCAUUUGACCCCGACCACGAGAGUAAUAUGUUCGUCCAAUACGAACUUAUCUGGAGAGGUUUCCAAAAAUUGCCUUCUACAGCGUCGUGGAUCAAAUAACAGCCUCACUUUGAAUAUCCUUUCCAGUAACAAUCUUAGCCGUCAUUCGAGCAAUAGUUCGUUAAACAAAGACGCAAAACUCAGUCAGAAGAAAGGUCUAUUAGAAAGACGAAGUUCUAAUACUUCUCUGACUUUAAACAUUAAUACGUCGAAUCCACAACUAUCAACAAACAGAUCUUUAAGCAUUUCCAACUAUAAUUUAAACAGCUCAACGUGCAAUUUGAGUAGAUAUAAUAGCAAUCACAGCAUAGAUAUCGCUGAACCCCGGAAAGGAAUUUUAGAAAGACGGAGUUCAAAUACCUCUUUGACACUUAAUAUACAACCAGAAGAACCUAGAGAUUUGGAGAUUGACGAAACUUUAAUCGAACCUAAUUUACAGGGCAUACCCCAUAGGGAUAAACAUAGAAAAUCUUUGAGUACAGAAAACUUGAUACCUAAAUCUUACAAAAAUAGAACUCGAUUACGAUCAACAGAGAAGGGUCUGGGAUUCGGCUCUCAUGAUAAUCUCUGGUCUGGGUCAUUUGCAGACCAAGAAUGUGCUCAAAACCUGACAUACGUUUGCGGAGAUCAGGAAAAUGAAAUAAUAUACGCAUUCGGUCGUCAAGAGGAUACUAAUUUUCAACCGGGUUUCGUACGCAAUAUCACCACGAAACCAUUGAGUCCUCAAAGUACUUCUGAGGACUUCAGGUUAUAUUUAGCUAAUAUGCAACAUCUGCAAAACGCUUCGAGUGUUUUAACUCGUCAGCAGUUGAAAGAUCUGAAUGAGGUAUUUAAAAAUGGAUAUUCAAAGGUAAAGUGUCUCGGUAUGGGCGACGGGCAACACUGUUGCUCGGGCCGUGUUAGUGACGACAUAUCGAAAGAAAACCCCCAAAUGGAAAUACCAGAAGUUGCCACCCUACCUUGCUCCGAGUACCAGAAGAGCCUGUUGAGAAAUUUAUAUAAGGAGUUUUGGGAUAUGCCCACGAAUUUUCAGGAGAAGCCCAUAGUGUCUGGAUCACAUCCAAAGAAUAGAUAUAAGACAAUCCUUCCUAACGAACAUUCUAGGUUUAUUCUGCGAGCGGACAUUGGGAAUAGCGAAGGAUAUAUUAAUGCCAAUUUUAUUAAGGGGCAUGAAUACACAAAAAACAGUUAUAUCGCUACCCAAGGGCCACUCCCAAACACAAUUUACGAUUUCUGGCUCAUGGUCCGGCAGAAUGUGCUCGACUUCCGAUCUCAAAGACCUCCAGAUGCCCUCCCAACUGAAUGCAUACAGAAGAUCGUGAUGCUUACGAACUUUUUCGAAAAAAUCAAGCAGAAAUGCGAGAAAUACUUCCCGGUUGAGAUUGAUGAAGAAAUAAUGGUGCAUAGUCCGGAUUGCAGCGAAACUACUUUUUUCUCAGAUGACAGUAGUCCAAGAAAUAAUUUUAAAAUAAAGAAUGGUGGUAUCAUAAGAAAGUCCGGUUAUACUAUAAGAAAAUUGGAUGUGCGGUAUGAGACUGUGGAAUCGAGUGAUAGUGUUGUCGUUUACCAUUACUGGUUCCACAAUUGGGCCGACCAUACAUGCCCGAAGGAUGUGACAGCUCUAUUAAACUUGAGUCUAGACGUUUUGAAGGAAGAGUGUUACGAUUUUAGCGAUUGCAAUGAAGAGAUGGAAGAACAGUGCAAGUGCGGUAGCAGUCCCAGUUCAAAAUUUGUGUUCCCUCCGUUGGAGUCUCAAAGUGUCGCGUGCCCUGUUAAAGUGAGUAGCAUCUCUUCGCCAUCGAGCUUCGCUAUGGAGAAUCAGUUUCCGCCGACGAUAGUUCAUUGUUCAGCAGGUAUUGGCAGGACUGGGUGUCUGAUUGCUAUAUUAAAUGGGAUAAAGCAACUAACAAAUGAACAGAAAGUGGAUGUUUUAGGAAUAGUGUGCAACAUGCGGUUGAAUCGUGGUGGAAUGGUGCAGACCUCUGAACAAUAUGAGCUUAUACACAAAGUUCUGUGUCUUUAUGAACAGGUGUGUUUGCCAGAUUUAUAGCUGUAUUUGAACUGAUGUCUUUGAAUUUGUUGUUCCCAAAAAUUAUUUAUUGUUAUAAAUUAUUAAUUUUUUUUUGUUCUAACUCCCAUAAUAUAUUUAUUUGUAUUUUUGUAUAAUUAUUAUUUAGACUGUAUGUUAACUAGUGUCAUGUCACAACGUAAUAAAACCGCAAGUGGAAAUUGUAAAUGAAAGAAAACUUUUUCACAUACAAUUUUGUACAAUGUUACUCAAUUGUAAAAAGUAACAAGUAUAAAAUAACAAAUUAUAACAAUCAAUUGCCACUGGUGAACUUUUAUCAAUGCAUCUCUUUUCUUUUUGUCGCGCCAUAAUCUGUUUUGCUUGGGUGGUUUUAGUUGACGAAAGUACAUUAUACAAUCACAACUAAAGCUAAAGCCAACAUCAAACAUUUUUAGUCAACUUUUCUACAAUAUUUAGAGAUAAUUUUUUUGCCCUGUUCGUAGGUGCAACAUUUUGUUUCCACAUAUCGUCUGUGUCGUCUUCUUCACUAUUUGUAUUCAAUUUCGACCUCAGAUUAAAUAUUGAAUCAAACAUGAAUAUAAAUCUUUUCUUGACUAAAUGAAUACUGCUGAUUAAUAAUAAUUAAAAUAAUCGAGUAUUUACAGUAUUUUCACACGUUUUUUCAAUCCUUUGCCACUAGAUGUGAUGCUCACACAACACAUCCUGUUGGUACCGUUUUUACCAGAUCAGAACAAGCAAGACAGCCAGAAUAAGAUGAAUUCCAAAUUUCUUUCAUAUAACUUGUAUUAUGCUGUCUUGGACUCUAAAAAAAGUAGUUCUUCUCACUUCCCUAUAUAUAGCUUGAUACGGAUUACGGAUCCCAUUUUUGCUGUUUAAUCUAGCUUUUUUAACAAAAUAUUUCAGUUUUCUAUUUUCAACUGGAUCUGCAACAUUGACUGUAUGUUUCUCUGUCUCUGUGGUAUGUGAACUCGUUCAAAUUGAUAUGAUCACUGAACUAAAAGUGAUCAUGUAAACUUAUACCGUCUAAACUAGCUGUUUUUUUUUUCAAAGGUUUCAUGAACAUGCUCUUCCAAAUACAUAAUAUAUUCAUAUUAUGUAUUUUAAAUACGAACGCCGAAUUAAAACUGGUCAUGUAUACUUACUAUUUGAACUAUCUGUUUAUUCCAAACCUUUUAUGAACAUGUUCUUCCAAAUACAUAAUGUUAUUACUGAACUAAAAAUGAUCAUGUAAACUGUUACUAUUUGAACUAGCAGUUUAUUCUAAACAUUUCAUGAACAUGCUCUUCCAAAUACAUAAUGUUAUUACUGAACCAAAAAUGAUCAUGCAAAUUUACUUGUGAACUAGCUAGCUGCUUUUUCCAAAUAUUUCAAGUAGUAUUUUUUAGUUGAGUGUGCUGAUAUUAAAAAAUGAAUGCAAAGACUGAUUUUAUAAUAAUAUAUAGUUAAGUGAUAAUAAUUGAAAAUUGCACUUAUAUC